UGUCUUUGUGAUCGCAGCCCUCCAGCGUGCCCCGACGGUCCCCACCCUGAAGCGCGGGCUCCCGGGGCAGAGGGGCGAACUCCCGGGCUCUGGGAGGUGGGGGCGUGUCCGCCUCCCGCGCUGCUGCGCUUCCGUGGUUCGCGCGCUUAGCGACUGCAGCCGGCACAGCUGGAAAGCACCUUGCGCAAGGGUCUCACGGGGUGCAGACUCCGACUCCUCCCCCUUCCUCCUCCUUCCCGGAUCCCUAACGCGCGAGCAGUGCCGGUCUGGGCAGUGCGCGGGGACACAGAGACCCGCUGUCACCGCGCCUCCCGCCGCACACACCGCCCGGCCUGCUGCACUCUUCUCGCCGACGCCGGUGACCGCGCCUCGGAGGCUGCGGACCCGGCUGCUGCCCGCCCAAAUCCUGGGGGCUUUUAUAAUUUACAAGUCCUGAAGCAGCCUUUAAAACUUUACUGCGAAGAAGCCCAGGGAACAGGUAGCCAUGUCCCAUUUGCAGCUGAGAAAGGAGACCUGAGCAAUAGCCGCAAAGCCAGGAGUGUGACAGUGCUUCUGUUUUGUGCACACACCAGCAACGACGGAUGGCAGAGCUUUUCAACCUUCCACCAGACACGUACGCAUCCGAACUUCUUUAAACCUCACAACCGCCCUAUGAGACUCUCUAGAAAGCCUAACAGUGAUGGAGUACAUGAGCACUGGAAGUGACAAUAAAGAAGAGAUCGAUUUAUUAAUUAAACACUUGAAUGUGUCCGAUGUAAUAGACAUUAUGGAAAAUCUUUACACAAGUGAGGAGCCAGCGGUUUAUGAACCCAGUCUAAUGACCAUGUGUCAAGGCAGUAAUCAAAAUGAGGAGCGUUCAGAAUCUCUGCUGCUCAGUGGCCAAGAGGUGCCGUGGUUGUCCUCGGUGAGAUAUGGAACUGUCGACGAUUUGCUUGCCUUUGCAAACCACAUAUCCAACACCGCCAAGCAUUUUUAUGGACACCGACCUCAGGAAUCUGGGAUUUUAUUAAAUAUGGUAAUCACUCCCCAGAAUGGGCGCUAUCAAAUAGACUCUGAUGUUCUCCUCAUCCCUUGGAAGCUGACUUAUAGGAAUAUCGGCUCUGAUUUCAUACCUCGGGGGGCCUUUGGAAAAGUGUACUUAGCACAAGAUAUAAAGACUAAGAAAAGAAUGGCGUGUAAAUUGAUCCCAGUAGAUCAAUUUAAGCCAUCUGAUGUGGAAAUCCAGGCCUGCUUCCGGCAUGAGAACAUCGCUGAGUUAUACGGUGCAGUGCUCUGGGGUGAAACUGUGCACCUCUUUAUGGAAGCAGGCGAGGGAGGGUCUGUUCUAGAGAAACUGGAGAGCUGUGGACCAAUGAGAGAAUUUGAAAUUAUUUGGGUGACAAAGCAUGUUCUCAAGGGACUCGAUUUUCUACACUCAAAGAAAGUGAUUCAUCAUGAUAUUAAACCUAGCAACAUUGUCUUCAUGUCUACAAAAGCUGUUUUGGUGGAUUUUGGCCUAAGUGUUCAAAUGACUGAAGAUAUCUAUUUUCCUAAGGACCUCCGUGGAACAGAGAUUUAUAUGAGCCCAGAGGUGAUCCUAUGCAGAGGUCAUUCAACCAAAGCAGACAUUUACAGCCUGGGAGCCACACUCAUCCAUAUGCAGACGGGCACCCCGCCUUGGGUGAAGCGCUACCCGCGCUCGGCCUAUCCCUCCUACCUGUACAUAAUCCACAAGCAGGCGCCUCCGUUGGAAGAUAUCGCAGAUGAUUGCAGUCCUGGCAUGAGACUGCUGAUGGAGGCCGCCCUGGAGAGGAACCCCAAUCACCGCCCGAGGGCAGCAGACCUACUCAAACACGACGCCCUGAACCCCCCCAGAGAAGAUCAGCCACGCUGUCAGAGUCUGGACUCCGCCCUCUUUGAGCGGAAGAGGCUGCUGAGCCGGAAGGAGUUGGAGCUUCCUGAGAACAUCGCGGAUUCAUCAUGCGCAGGAAGCACUGAGGAAUCUGAAAUGCUAAAGCGGCAACGUUCUCUCUACAUAGACCUCGGGGCCCUGGCUGGCUAUUUCAACCUUGUACGGGGUCCACCAACCCUCGAAUACGGCUGAUCGAUGGCAUCGUUUGCUCUAAAUAGUUAAGACUCAGCGUUGGGCUCCCGGAAGCUGGUUCUGCUGACUCAGCACCGGGGCUCUGUAUAGUGGACGGUGCCAUCAUCCGUUAGCUGGAGACAUGGGCUCCCACGACUCAUGAAUGUGACUCCUCAUGGCUCCCAUGGGUUUGAUUCGUGAAGCUGCCCUGGUAGCCCCCAGGUCUAAAGGUUCUCGUGUCUCGGGUGGUGUGACUCGAAGGAAGUUAAGAGUUCGUAGAAGGAUCAUUUCUGGUGACUGAUUCCAUUCACUGUGCACUUUGCUCAAAAUGUUAAAAAUACCGAUCACGAGGGUAAUGUCUCAGCCUGAAAUUAUUAUUCUUGGUUCUGAUGUAAGUAUGGGAACUUGAUUUAACUCAGAAUAGGUGUUUUGUAUAUAUUGGUGUAUAUUAUAGGAUAACUCCUUGAGCCUUUGUAGGUAGGUUCUAGUAUAAAUUAAAGUCAUUAUAUUUUGGGUGAAUAGACCAACUUGAAUAUUCUAGCACUUAGCUGAACUAGUGACUUAAAAAUGGCUCUUCAUUUUGGAGCCAUCUGACAGCAGGCCACUAGUGACAGGUUCUGUUAUGUUCCUAUGGAAACAUUUUGUACUGUAUAUGCUAUGCUUAAAACAUUUAAAACAUGAUGUUUUGAAUGUGGAUAAAACUGUGUCAACCACAUAAUUUCUGUACAUCCCAAAGGAUGAGAAUGUGACCUUUAAGAAGAAUGGAAACGUUUCUAAAUUCUUGAUGAUGCGACUUUUGUAACUCUUCCGACUCUACUUUCUUCUAAGCAUUUGUGUAUUAAAAUAGCAUACUGUGUAUGUUUAUAUCAAAUGCCUCCGUGAAUCUUUCUUACCUAUACAUAUAUUUUUAACAUUGUGAAUAUGUGAGUAUUCCUACUUAAAGUAUGUUUUUACAUCAUGCAAAUGAAACCAACACUUUUAUCCAGCAUACUUGGUCAGAUCAACUGAAUAAACUCAGUAUUUUGCCUUAA